GUAUCACGAAUCACCCCCACCACUUUUGUCACCAUAGUGUUACAGUCGCACUACAAACACAGAGGAGGGAGAGAGAGAAAAGGAGAAGAAGAAGAAGAUGCCGAGAAGCAGUUUCUCAGGGGCGCUUACAGGGCCGCAGGUCGACGUGAUCAUCGACUUGGGAAACCCCUUGCUCAACCACACCGUCGAUGGCUUCUUGAAGAUCGGAACAGUUGCUGCUACCAGAGCUGUUGCAGAGGAUGCUUUCUCUGCGGCCAAGAAAGAUGCCGAUCAUAUUGAGCUGCGGUCUGAUGAUGAUGGGGGCAUUUCGACUAAAGACUUUGAGCACACUUUGAAGAAGAUGUGUAAAGAAGGUGCAUAUUGGGGAACUGUAGCUGGACUGUACGUGGGAGCAGAGUAUGGUAUCGAGAGGGUCCGUGGACGCAGAGACUGGAAGAAUGCCAUGCUCGGGGGUGCAUUGACAGGGGCUCUAGUAUCUGCAGCCAGCAAAGAGAACAAGGAUAAAGUUCUGGUGGAUGCAAUUACAGGAGGUGCCCAUUGCGACCGCUGCGGAAUUCAUCAACUAUCUCGCCUGAACAAGGACGUAAUAUUCUACCCGAUCUCUCUGUAGAUCCUGGAGAACUAUGAGUAAGUUUCUCGUGUCAUCUUCCUCAUGAAUUCGUAGAGCAUUGCAUAAAGAACGUUCAAGGGUUCAUCUAAACUACUGAAGGUUGAUACAAUGAAUUAUGAAUCUUCUGAUUUUAUCA